AUGGGAAUGGUAGCAUGUCCAGGGCUUGUCGACGACGACGUUGACGAAUACGAGCUCCUGGGAGGGCGUAAUGGUCCGAGUGGCGCGACAUGCGCCUACCCUGGCGUGUUUGGGAGUGAGCUUCAAGCACUGAGCGCAACCACGUUGCCUCGGGUCAGAGCGAUGAAGUCAAGGUUCCUCGACUCGAGCAUGAACUUUUUGGUCUCGCCAUGGUGGGAGGGGGAAGAGUGGAUGGUGAAGCUCACCUCUACGAUUUCCCGUGGCGCUCACCAGGGGCAGCAACUGUCGUCGACGUGGGAGGAGGCGUUGGGGGUUUUUGCUUGCAGCUAUCGCAGCUGUACUUUGAUCUCCAGGCGCGUGCGAUUUGUCCCGCACGAUUUCUUCGAGGAGAACCCGGUGCGCGAAGCAGGGGUCUCUUGGGCUACACCGGCCCUCCUAUUCUGUCACGUCCGCAUCUUCACCGGGCUCGUGGAGAUAUCUCGGGGGAGUGUUCUGGUGCAGAAUGGGAUUAUCACGGCCGUGUCAGAUCAGGCUGAGAUGCAACCGCCCAAUGCCUCCACCAUAGUCCUUUCUCGCCCUGGUCACACGCUAUUGCCUGGUUUUAUAGACGGCCACGUUCAUGUGUGGCGACAGACCGCGCCGCUGCUGCAGUCCCGGGGCUUUUGGACUGACCACCGUCUGCGAUAUGCACUUGGAGACGCAGUUCGUGCCGGAGCUGUGCGCCGUGCAGCGGCGGAGGACCCAGACGCUGCAGAUUUCCGAACCGCCAGCCAGGCAUCGCCUGGGCGACCGAGGGAGAAUCGCCGUCGGGGGCUUCGGGCAGAUCUGGUGCUUGUCGAGGGGAAUCCAAUGUUGAACAUUCAUGACACGUUGGAUUUUGCGCGGUGUGUGGAAGAAAUGCACCUUGUGUUCUGUUUACAAGGAGAAUUAGGGUAA